UUCUCCGGUGAAAACCAUGAGAUGCAGUUGAAAGCUCUGUGAGUUAAUAAAGUGCAUUACACUUACAAUAUGACUUUACAAUAACAAGUCUUUUAUAAGUGAAAUGUUUUAUUGUGACGGUUCCGAGGGGAAAUGGUGCGUUCAGGUGUUGGAUGUUGUGCUAGUAUUGAGGAGCUGGAUGAGGGACAGACAGAGAAGGUGGAGUGUAGCCUACAGACGGCACAGACAUAGCGGGGUUCAGGGAUCUGGUUCUUCUCGGCCCGGUGGCUGAUUCUGACGGUCCAGUACCUCUGUGCGAGGUGACCCGCAACCCGCAGCACGCAGCAGAAGGACAAAGAGAGGCGAGCGGAGACGACGGGAAUGAGAGAGGAGUAGAAGACACAGCUGGGAGCUACUGAAAAAAAAGGGAGCGACGUCGCAAGCGAGCCACCGAGGAGGAGGAGACAGACCCGGGCCAGACGAGCCGUGAGCGCGGACACAGGGGGGAGGAAAUAACGGGAGAGAGGCUGAAACAUAGCAGAAUCGAGGAGAGACGUUAUCACUAGGCAGGCAUGGCAGAUGCAGAGCUGGACUUCCAGACAGGUGAUGCCGGGGCGUCCGCCACCUACCCCAUGCAGUGCUCUGCCCUGCGCAAAAACGGCUUUGUGGUGCUGAAAGGCCGACCCUGCAAGAUCGUCGAGAUGUCCACCUCCAAGACGGGCAAGCACGGCCACGCUAAGGUCCACCUGGUUGGUAUCGACAUCUUCUCUGGUAAGAAGUAUGAAGAUAUCUGUCCCUCCACCCACAACAUGGACGUCCCCAACAUCAAGAGAAUGGAUUACCAGCUGAUCGGGAUCACAGAUGGCUACCUGUCCCUGCUCCAGGACAGCGGGGAGGUGAGAGAGGACCUGAAGAUUCCUGAGGGAGACCUGGGCAAAGAGAUAGAGAGCAAGCACGAAGCCGGAGAGGAGAUCCUGAUCACCGUUCUAAAUGCAAUGGAUGAAGAAGCUGCAAUUGGCAUCAAAGCCCUGGGUAAAUAAGCCACUGCAGGUAAAUACAGAGCUCCAGCUGUGUCGACACGCAGCUGUCCUUUCACGCCUGACCCAAGCCUGCCUGAAGAGGAGUGUGUGUGUGAGAGUGCGAGCGUGUGAGCACGCGCGAGUGUGUGUUUGGUUGUUACACCACAAGCCGCCAGCAUGUGCCAUGUGUGUGUGAUUUCAUGUACAUGUACAAUUUAUUGUUCCUCAGUGGACCAAGGGGAAGGCAACUCCGGCGAAGAAGAUCCGAUGUCUGUCAUGUUUAGAAUCAGUGUCCAAAAUUAACUUUUUUGACCCACCAGCAAACUUGAUGGGUAGAUGGAAAAAUCCAUCAGUCAAAAUGUUUAGAUAUAUUGAACAUGAUGAGUACUUAAUUAGUACAAAAUGCCCCAGUAAAACAAAUUAAAAAUGAUCACAGUAAAUGGGUACUGUUGAUUUCUAUAGUUUUUAAAAAUCUGUCUGUGUGGAAAGAAACGGGAUGUUUAGAAGAUUUUAACAACUGAUCAGCAAAAGUGUUGUAGUAAAAGAACAAGAAAGGGGGUGACACAUGCCAUUAAAGCAACACAUACAUUUCAAAGAACUUUUCAAGGCCAUUGAAGUAGUGAUUUCUGUUUACGAGGUUCACCUGAAUGCACCACGAAGUCCCUGUUUCUGUUCAGUCGGCAUGGUUUUUCUUUACCUGCCAACGUGGCGGAUGGCCUCGUGAAAUCUACCUGCAUUUGGCGCUCGGUGGAUGUUAAUUUCGGACCCUGUUUAGAUUUUACUUUAGGUGUUAUUGAGACAAAAGGUGGCAUUUAAAAUGUUGUUACAAUUAUGCAUAAACACUUUACUGGAAAUAUUCAUGUUUUUCCUUAUUUUCUAAUUUUUUGUGUAUAUAUUUGUUCAAACUGGAUUGAAAUUUAAAGGCUCCCAAUUGAUGAAGUGUAACUAAUUUGACGUAGCCUGUAUGGAGUGUGCCACUGCGGAUUUGCCUGCCCCUUAAUGUACCUUUUUUUUGUUUGUUUGUUUCACGUUAACACUAUUAUGAGCAUGUGUACCAUUUUUAAGUAGCACUAUCAGAUAUAAAUGAAAGCUUACGGUUCAUACUGUAUUUUUGCUUCCUGUAUCGCCUUCUCUAAGAAGCAGCCUGUAGCAUUGUUGUAUUUGUUGGGUCAAACUGUUAUAUGCACUUUCUCCUUUGCAGAAUGUGGGCUGUAAAAGUGUCCACACUAAAAUAUGUUUAAAACUGUUGUUUGUGCAAUGUUUCCUCUGCAGAAGAUAGUUAAAACACUGUCUCAUUAAAGUAUAUUUCUCUUGCAUUCAUUUUUUUUCUGCUUCAGCAUCUUCCUUCUCUGACUUUUCUUUCCUCUUCCUUCUCAUUCCUCCCUCCUUGUAAUUGUGUUUCAGGGGCAAACGAGAUGCACUGGACCCGGGGAGAAGGAGGGAUAUUGCCUCGUCAAUGCUUUUCUCCCUCUGUUUUCUUUCUUUUAGUCUUCGUUUUUCAUACUCUCUCUCCCUCACUCUGUUUUCUGACUCUCCUUUGGGUUCAAUUAGGAAAGAUUUGUAAUAAAUUGGAAACUUCAGCAGUAAACAAACAUUCUCUAUGUACAUGCACACAAAAUAAAGCCACAUCUGAGCACCGGACGAACGGGUGUAAGACAUAAACAAGGUCAUAGAAGAAGGUCUCUCACUGAGGACUGAGGAGGUCUACAGAUACUCAGUAGCAAACUACCAUCAGGGGAAAGAAAGGUGGUGAAAAUGUCACAACUGUUUGUUUUUUUUUUUUUUUUAAUAUACGUUACCCUGUUUUCUGAAGGGCUUCAACUCUAGACCUGCAUUGUUCCGUUGACAUUUAUCACCUGAAACAUGUCUAUCAAACAAAGGUUACCAACAUGGCACACCAAGGAUCAGUUUCUUGUUGUCUUGAGGGUUUAAAGUGUAAAAAGAACUCAUAAUUUCUCCUCUGUUCCAAAGUCCUUCAGCCAAACCCUGAUUUUAUUUAAAAACCCUUUGCAGAGGCCCUCAGAGCGGGCCUUCACAUGGAGGUUGUGGCAGUUUGGUACCCUUACUUUGUGUUCAUAAAGUACAAACUGUGCAGAAUGUCUCCAAAAAGAAACAAUAAAGAUGACACAAACUGUU